AUGGAUCGACCAUAUACUGACUGCCUGUGCGACGAACCAAAACAACAGAUUAUAGAGUGGUGCAUAGUGGGCGUCUGCAUCGCGAUUCUAGUGGUGCGGCUCAUGGUCCGGGCCCGGCUGCGACAGUGGUCCUUCUGGCUGUCCGAUGUGCUGCUCGGGAUCGGCGUGCUCUCCUUCGUAGUACUCUCCGCGUCCAACACAUACGCCUUGAUGACGGGACUGGACUACUUUGAUCACGUGUACGAAGAGAGACUCGCGAAGGCAAUGCUACAGGUAUUGUUUAUGGACAUCGUCGUCUUCGAUACUGGGUACUACUGGCCGCGACUCAGCCUCCUUGCAUUCUACAACGAACUAUUCCCCGUCUCCGAACACAAGCUGCGCAUCUGCCUCUAUAUCAUCUCGGUAUAUACCGUAUGCGCCUUCCUCUCGGCGGUGUUCAUCGACCUGUUUUGGUGUGGUCCGGACAUCUCCGUAAACUGGUGCGUUGCCCCGUCCUGCAAUGUGCAGACUCGAGCGAUUCCAUUCUACACUAACUGGGCAGUCGGCUUCUCAUCGGAACUUCUCGUCUUUGCCCUGCCGUUUGGUAUGAUGAAUAGGCUCAGAAGCCUCGGAAGGAGGGAGAAGGCCGGGCUGUACUGCAUCUUCAUGCUGGGUUUAGUGACCAUUUUUACCGGCACUGCACGCUUAAUCAUGGCGGUUCACUCGAUUUACUCAUACGCCACAUGUAAGUCACCUAUAGUUGGAUUGCACCCACUACCGAACAGACAGAGUCUAAUAUCGUCUAGUCGUUGUCUGCUAUGUAGAAUGGGCUACCCAGAUCCUCGUCGCGACAUUGCCCGCACUACGGCCUUUGCUUCGGAAUUUCAGGCUGAUGCCUAA